CUUUUCACAAUUUAUUUUAUAUUUGUUUAUCUCUUUAUUUUAAUUUUUUAUCCACUCGUGUAUUCUUCUUUCUCCUUCUCCGUCUUCUUCCUCCCUCUCUCUGCAACAAAGUGUCAACGCCUACAAAAGUCACUGCCCUCGAAGCUUCCCCCUCUUCUUCCUCCAUAGCCCCCUUUCUCUUUUUCCCCCUUUUCUCUUUUUGCUCCUACCCCUCGUUUGCUUCCUUCUUCUUUUUCCCUUUCCCCCAUUUAUAAACCCUUCAGAGUUCAGAUACUCCCACUUACUCAGUCCCUCUCAACUUCUUCUCCAUUGCUGCUGCUUCUUUCAGUGAUUUCUCAGAUAUUUCUGCCAAUGGAGCUUGGUGAUGCUCGUGGUGAUUUGGGGGUGACUCGGAAGAGGAAGAGAAAUGAUGGAGAAAACACCAUGUUCAGCAACUUCUCUUUGGAUGAUCUCAAUCAAGACAUUCUUGAGAGGGUGCUUUCGAGGUUACCAACAUCGGCAUUCUUUCGCCUUUCUUCAGUGUGCAAAAGAUGGAAAUCGGUUGCGGCUUCUUCGAGUUUCAAGUCUGCGUGCUCCGACAUUUCUGCGCGUGACCCCUGGUUUUUCAUGGUUGAUCCACAUCUCAACCAAUCGAUCGUUUUCGAUUCGACUGAGAAUAAUUGGAAGAAACUUAACUAUCCAAACCUACUUCAGAAUCGUCAUCACUACUCGAUGCCUGUUGCAGCCUCUGGUGGUUUGAUCUGUUUUCGCAAUUCAUCGAGAAACUUCAUCGUGUCCAAUCCUUUAACAGGCUCCUGUAGUGAGCUUCCUCCAGUGGAUCUUGACCAGAAAAAUCAAUCUCUUCAUGCCAUUGUGAUGAGUGCAGACCCGGAUGGUUGUAAGGGCUCUUACAAGCUUGUAUUGGUCUAUGGCCAAGUUCCAAAGCUUCGGUUCAAAGUUUACCGUUCAACCACGGGUUGCUGGGACGACGAUGUUGCCUUGAGUAGAAAAGUUGAUGAUUCUAUUGACUUCAACUUCAAUGAUGAUACUGUUGUAUACUUCCUGAGUCGGACAGGAAAUGUAGUGUCCACAAACAUGCAGAGAAGCCCAUCCAAGCAAUACUCGUCGGUCAUUACGAACAAGAGUGGAGAGGAUACAGUCUAUUUCAUUAGCUCCUCUGGGACUAUCAUGGCUUGUAAUCUGAGCAAGAGAUGCUUUGUAGAGUACCCCAGGCUCUUGCCUGUCUUUUCAGAGUACUCUAUCGACCUUGUUGAGUGUCAAGGUGAGAUGCUAGUUGUUAUGUUGUCUGAAUUUCUCGAAACUGCAAGCCUUAGAGUUUGGAGAUACGACGAGGAAGCUCGAACUUGGCAUCAAAUUGCAGCAUUGCCUCCUGCCAUGUCGCACGAGUGGUAUGGCAAGAAGGUCGACAUUAACUGUGUUGGAGCUGGUGACCAAAUACUCAUAUGCAUGAACUCAAAUGACCUUUAUACAUAUCUACUCUGCGAUCUCGUUGAGAAUCAAUGGACCGAAUUGCCCAAAUGCUAUAUGAAUGGUGAAGCUGUGGAGUUUAUGUCUGCCUUUUCAUUUGAGCCUAGAAUUGAGGCUUCUGUAUGACAUGAGAAGGAGAUAACAUCAUUGACUUCAAAUGGUUAUUAAUUGUUAUUAUUAUUUUUUAUAUGAACAAAUUGUCCUAUAGCUGUUAGUUCUGUAAGCUUUCCUAUUUGUUUUUGAAUUCUUUGUCCUCUUAGCUGACUUAGCUAAUGGAAUUCAAGAAAUUGAGAGUAGAAAAAGAGGGAGAGAUGUAGAUUCUUUCUUAAUAACCUGCUGGUUUAUAUCCUAUAAGUUUGUCAAUUUUACUGUUCAGUCUGUAACUUUCUUUUGAUUUUCAGUAGAUAAAGGGUGUUUUUACAUUUUACAGAGAAGGUAAAUGCUUUACUUUUGUUGUAAAAA